AUGCACAAGAGCCAGAAUGGGUAUGGGCCAAUCAGGCUAGCCCACCACCUGGGUGAACAAGGAGCGGAGUGGUUAUCCAAUGCGGAGAAGUUGAACCUAUGCCGGAAGUGCUACCAGGGAGGGUUCGCUUUCCUGCCUGUUCCGGCCUACACCAAGUAGAGCCAGAUCAAAGGCUAUGUCUGCGUUCAGGCAUGGGCUUCCUCUUCUGUAAUCGCGCUCACCAUCUGGAUCACUAUCUUCCAAAUCUACCUGCCCCGCUGGGGCGUCCUUGAGGACUACCUCUCCUUCACCAUUCCCCUGGGCACGCCCUGA